GUUGAAUUUGCAAUGAUUAGAGCUGGAUAAGAGCGUCAAGAGAGACCAAUACAAUUCAGCCAUACAUACCCAUAAGAAGAAAGUUUAUACAGUACGAAAGAAAGAAAUUAAAGAUGGGAAGAGCGGAAGGAUGGACUAGAUUACGGACAGCCGCCCUUUUGGUCAACGCCAUAUUGUUGGGCGUCGGAAACUGCGCCAACCCUCUUCUCACGCGCCUCUACUUCAUCGGCGGCGGCACCCGGAUAUGGUUUUCCGCCUGGCUGCAAACCGCCGCUUGGCCAGUCACUUUCAUCCCUCUUCUCGUCUCCUACCUCCACCACCGCCGCCGCCGGAGCCAGACAAGUGACUCCGGUGAGUUCCAACACAUCACGCCGUUUCUUUUCAUCUCCGCCGCCCUCAUCGGCCUUCUGAUGGGCCUGAACAACUACCUCUUCACGUACGGCGUCUCCAAGCUUCCGGUCUCGACGGUGCUUCUGAUCGGGAGCUCUCAGCUCGGGUUCACGUCGGUGUUCGCUUUCUUCCUUGUGAAGCAGAAGUUUACGGCGUUCACGAUAAACGCGGUCAUUUUGCUGACCUUAUCGGCGGUUGUUUUGGGCGUCCGGGCGGGGAACGACCGCCCGGCGGGGGAGUCGAACAAGGAAUAUAUUUUGGGGUUUGCUUCGACUGCCGGGUCGGCGGCUUUGCUGGGGUUGGUUUUUCCGUUGGUGGAGUUGAGUUAUAGUAAGGCGAAGAAGGCCAGGAUUGAGUAUAGUACGGUUCUGGAAUUUCAGAUGGUUCUGUGUUUUGCUGCCACUCUUGUCUGCACGCUUGGAAUGUUCAUAAACCAUGACUUCGAGGAAACUGCCGACCCCGGUAAAUCGCCAGUCCGGUACAAAUCAGAAACCGUAAAAGGUCAAAACCCGGUUAAACCCAUCAAAAAUUUGAAAGAUCCGGUCGAUUCGGACAGUGGAUGUAAAGACGAAGAAGAUGUCGUAAGGAGAGCUUCCAUCGAUUUCGAUACAUCCUUUAGACUUCCAAUUAAAGUCACAAAGAUUAUCGAUUGAUAGUCUAGCUAUGAUUUCCUUUUUUAAAUCUGUGCAUACAAAGUAAAUUAAGAAGUAUUAUUGGUAGGGUCUGUAACUUUGAAAUACAGCUGAACGGUUGGGUAAGAGAUGAUGACUAGGGAGUGGAUUAGUAUAUAAGUGGAGGGGAACAUGAAGAUUACAAGGGGGGAAAACUAUCAAAUAGGCCCUCAUACUAAUACGAAAAAGUCAAUUAAGCCCCGAACUCAAAAAACAUCCAAUUAAGCCCACGAACUAUAAAAAACGAGGCAAAACAGUCCUUUUAACAGACAAUUAAGCGGUUAAAAAGAGAUAAGGAACAAAGAAAAGAAAGAGAAAAGGAGAAAAAGAAAAUGUAAAAGCAUGCCACAUCAUUUGCCACACAGGCAACUUAACUGGUAACGGUUAAUAUCCUGCUAAAAGGACUGGUUUGCCUCGUUAUAUUUAGUUCGUGGGCUUAAUUGGAUGUUUUUUGAGUUCGGGGGCUUAAUUGACUUUUUCGUAUUAGUAGGGGGGCCUAUUUGACACUUUUCCCUUAGAAGUGGGUAUGGGGAAAAUGGAGAGAUAAAACUGAAAAAGUAAUUGAUAUUGAGUGUACUUAUUCUGAUUCUGCUAAAAUUUAUGAAAUUUUGGUUGAAUUGACUGCAUUGACUGAUUCUGUUAUUUAGGAAAAAAUAUUUAAAAAUAUAUUUUAUUAAUAAAGUAAAGAAAAAAUUAUAUGUAAAAAUAGCUAAAAUGGUCCUCUACGGUAACUUCAGCCAUACUGCGAGAAAAGUAACUCCAACAUUACUUUUUCUGCUUAUUACACAAUUCAGCGUGUGAAAACAAAAGAUAUGUGUUUCGUGAAAAAGGUUGGCUGAUAAGCCUGAUGACUAAAAACCGUGUUCCCAAACGGCCAAGAAAAUUCCAAAAGACUAGGCAGUUUUGUACUUUUGUGGGUGUCAUUCAAAAAAAAAAGGCAAUACCGAAAUUUCAACGCAACACCGCAUACCGUAUCGAAAAUCCGGUAUUGAUAAAAGUCAUACCGUUAUCAUACCAAAACUUUCGGUAUACCGAAUUUCGGUAAUUCAGUACGGUAUGUAACCCAUACCGUAUUAUACCGAAAGUUCACAACACUGAUCUUCUUGGAGCUUUAUAAAGCAUCGGCAUAUAUGCUUAACAUAAGAAGCUCAUACAGAUUGAAACAUGUGCCAGUAUGCCGGUAUUAAAUCAUUCUACAAAACCUUGGUCAGUAAUUAAAGGUUUAAAGCUCUGGCAAAGAGAAAAUAUCAACACACAAAACUGAGGUCACUAAAUCCUAGGAGAAAGUAAUUCCUAGAACUUUUUUCUAAUCCUUAUUAAACAUAAAUGUAAACAAAAACAGAAUAAUUCAAAGUUCUGGUUGUAGCAUGCUAGAUCACAGACCAGAUUGAGAAGCUUCAGCAGUGAAAUGAUUGAAGGUCGUCCGCAGCUCCGUGCUUCGUCAAUGGCAUCGCUGUCCGCACGAAUCUUGACUUCUUGGGAGAAUCUUCUGCCAUGCUUCAUGCCAGCUGCGACUCAAACUCGGGCUAGAACAGAGAUGAGACGGCGGCAUAGCUUAGAAAUCCUCGUGUCAUUGCUCCAAUAUGCGAUUAGGUUUAGAGAGCCACUGGUAGUAAGUUAAAGAUGGGUUUUUUAGUUUGGGCCUUGAUGUUUUAGUUAUUUCAUUUAAUGUCUUUGGGUUGGGUUUGGGCCUUAACAAUUUACAAGUUUUAUUUCGGUAUAUACCGAACCAUACCGAAAAUUAACGGUAUUUCAGUAUAUAUCGAAAUACCGAAAAUUUUAAAAGUGCAUACCUGUACAGUACCGAAGUGACCCGGUAUGGUAUCAUACCGUACCGAAAAAUUGGGUAUACCGAAAUUUUCGGUAAAAUCGGUAUUUUUCGAUAUGGUAUGACCGGUAUACCGAAAUUACGGUAUAUUUUCCCACCCCUAGGGAAACCCCUCUACCUAUUAGGAUGAUAGGGAGGGAGGGAGGAAGGGGAGGGGGCAAGCCUACUCUAAUAUCCUAUUUUGUAUUGAAUGAUGUAACAUUUUUAUUUAUAUUUCAAUUUUUAUAAAAAAAUUAUAUCAAAAUUUAUACUCCGUAACUUUUAAUGAUCUUUCAUAUAUGAUAAACAAUGACUUUUCAUAUAACACCAAAAUUGCAUAUAUACAGUUUUUAAGAAAAACCGAAGUUUCAACAAUAAGAUGUUUUCAAAUUCAAAAUUCUCAAAUCUCAAAUGGAUCCAUAUACUAAAAUUAAAACUCCAUUUUUAAAACAAUUGAAACAUUUAAUAAAGUUAUUUUAAUAGUGAGAUCUUAAUUUUAGCACUUGAAUCUAUUUAUGAAAAAAAUUUGGCCUAAAAAUUUUCUACUGUUAAACCUUCAAAAAAUAAAGGAAAAAUUGAAAACAAUAAUCCCAACUAUUGCUGGUCCGCUGAAAAUAAUCCCAACUAUUGAUUAUUUUUGUAUAAUCCCAACUAUAUAGACUAUCCGCCAAUAAUGGUCCAUGACCAUAUAUUACCUCUAUAAAAAGUGAAUUUUAAAUAAAAAUUAAGCGCAAAAAUUAAAAGUUGAGAUUAUUUAUAGGGAUUACUUGUUAUAUCUCAUCUCAUCCACUUUAGAAACUACAAGAAUUUAUUCAUAGGGACCAUUAUUGGCGGAAGGUCCCUAAAGUUGGGAUUAUUCUGUAAUAAUCAAUAGUUGGGAUUAUUAUGAGCGGACCGCCAAUAGUUGGGAUUAUUACUAUCAAUUUUUCCAAAAAUAAAUUAAACUUUAUAUAUAGAAUAUUGGUGUCAUUAGAAAAAUCAUAAAAAGUUAUGAAUUUUGAUAUGUUUUUUUGUAAAAAUUGGAAUAAAAAUAAAAAAGUUGCCUCAUUUAUAAGAUAAAAAUGGGUUUUACCCUUAACAUUGCCCCCUCUCCCUCUCACCCAACCUACCCUGUCCAUCAUCCCAUUCGGAAUUGCUCUUUCCAAAUCCCCUAUUCUCAGAAAGGCUAAGAGAAAACCUGUUGCUUUGGGUUUUCUCGCAUUCUUAUAAAUCACCCAACCAUUAAUUAAGAGUGAAUUACUUUAAUGGGAGUAAAACAUUGAAUAAUUAAAUGCAUAAAUAUGAGUUCAAUGUUUAAUAGAAGUAAAAGUAUAAUGAAGUUACAACUCUAUUUACAAUUAGAUAAAAAAAAAAGAAUAAGCUAAAACCAAAUCAAAACUCUAACACUACUCUGCCUCUGCCUCUGAUCUUAUAGUUUAGCAGUUGUCCAGUGACUUCGUCGCCUGCUGUCCGGCGAGUAGUGCUAGGGUUGUGAUCUCAUUCCAUCAAUUGAAAUUUGAUGAUAUGGAAUGACUGGGCUAGAAGAUCUAUCUUAUUUAGCAGACAGAUUUAAGAGUUCUCCCGUUUUGAAUUCCAUUCUAGAAACAUAUUAGUGUAAUUUCUGGACACUAAUCAUAAUUUAAUCGAAGGAAGAACUGUUAUCCGCAAAACAUGCUAAGUAAAUUGAAAAUGACAAAGUUAAUUGUUGGGCCGGUCUGCAGGUGUAACCUCGUCAUCGUCAAGUUUAUAUUUGGGGCGAAAUAAGAAAAAUAAAAACAAUGUGACUCAGAGAGAAAUAAGCAAAACAUAAUUUAUGUAGUAAAAAAUUUGUGGAACAAACACAAAAAAAUUGCCAAAUUCAAAUAGGACAAAUAGCAUACUCUGCAUUAUAUAUUGGCAAACAAUGCGACUUAGUUAAUUGUUUUGGGGCGUGGUUCCAAUGACAUCGAUGCCUAACGUGAGAACACUCACAUGUAAAUCAAUAAAGCUCUUUUGUUGCACAUUUUUAAAUUUGCUCAAAUUAUGCUAAUAUUAAUUAAAACGAUGACAUUUUGAUAAUUAUUAUCGAAAAAUACAACAGAUGAGUUUCAUUGUGCACCAUGUCAGGGAAAAUGUGGUGUUAUCACCUUAAUCAUUGUUAUCGUUUGAUUUGUAAUCAUUUUGCUUGGAAUAGUACUCUAGUACAAGUUUUGUUGAAUUUGUGAAGGUAAUAUCAAGGGAAGCAAGAGAGUAUGAAUUGGGAAAAACAAAGUACUUCUUGGUAAUAGUGGGGGAUGCAAUACUUACACAGUUCUUUUAUGUGGGAGCCCUUGGAGCGACGUCGUACGGCUCAUCUCUGUUGUCUAUGGUCAUCAUCACCGUCCUCCUCCCCAUCACGGAGCUGAUGGCCGUCGUCUUCUACCAUGAGAAGUUCCAGGCCGAGAAGGGCAUCUCUCUGUUCCUCUCCCUUUGGGGAUUCGUUUCUUACUUCUACGGAGAUAUAAAAAACAAUAUCAAGAAAAAGAACCCGCAACCGGCGACAAUGCAAUGGCCAGAUUCGUUAUGUACUACUUGUCAAUUGAAAUUGAAUCUCUUGAAUAGUGUGUGACAUUUUAAGUUUAAAAAAUUUCAUUAUAGUCUUGACUAUUCAAUGUGUAAAAUAUACGUAGUAGAUAUGUGUAAAAUAUACGUAGUAGAUAUUGAGUGUACCAUGGAUUAAGACCAUGAACCAAUUACGGGAUCAAGCUCUCAACGGGAUCAGACUAUAAGUAGGAUUAGCCUUCUACGGGGUUAGCUCUUAACGGGAUCAAGCCCUAAACGGGAUUAAUAUUAAUAGCCGUUGGGCCUAAUAACGAAUCAGGACCACGAGAGGAACCCACAACCAGACCAUGCUGGACAGCAGAUCUUGAGCCUGGGCGGAAUUUUAGUGAGGUUGGGAUAUUCCUAGGACUUACGUGGCAGGCUAUCAUUUGAGCAUAGCUAUCUGGCAGCAUGCGGGAAUAACAGAAGGAACGUGGAUUUAAAGGAACAAUCAUUGCACAACGUCCAAAACGUUACAGGAGUCCUAUUCGACUAAUAUGUAAUUAAUAACAUUUAUUGUAUCAGUUUCCUCCUAGAAUAUUAGUUCCUAUAGCCUAUAAAUACUUCUUGUAUAUCUCCUAUCAAAAGACCAAACUCCGGAUUAAUAAUGUAGCCUUACGCUGCCUAAAUUUCAUCUGCUCUCGUAGUUGGAUUAAACUCCAGCAUAUAUAUUAAAAUGUAUUGGUCUGACAUAUGUGUAUUUUUUUAUUGUCAA